AUGAUUAACCGGGCCUCAAAGGAUUGGUCCGAAAUGAAAAUGCGGCUCCUUCAACCCGACAAGCCGUCAAAACACUACUUGAAAUGGAGUAUCAUGCCGUAUCGGCAACUCGGCGGCGCUGGUGCGUAUGAUCAACCCACCGGCAAUGUGGUGGAUAGCGGAGUCUUUAGCCUCCCUGAAGACGAUGAGGUUGACAAAGACGACUCGUACAUAUUCGUGGCCCACUCCAACGUCACGGAAUGGCUAGCGGAGCGACGUCAACGGACCGGCGGGGACAAGGAUGAGAAGUACAUGCUUCAAUGGCUCAUGAGCGAGAGCACGGCGUACAAACAGCGGUGCGGCCGCGGAAAUUUAAUUUGGCGCGCCCAACACCUGUUCGGACUCGAGGCUCCCGGCGACAGCGAUUCGAUUUACUUCAAACCCGAAACUGACAAGGGCGUGGCUCCCAACGUGACGGAGGUGCCCGAGUGCCCCGUUUUCGGCGCGGUUAUCGAUAUCCUUCCGAACGCAACCGACUCGACGUGUAUCGUACUCAGCGACGAACUCGACAAGACCGGGACCCCCUGCGCAAUUAAAAUUGACGAGGCUGCCGCGCAACAAAUCGCCACCAGAGUGUCUGAACUGGCAGACGCCGCUCAGGCCACCCGAGCGCCAGAAUCCGACAAGACCGAGGAGUCGGAGGAUGACACGGGUGCUGGGAGCCGCUUCGGCGCAUCCAUCACUGGUCUCAGUUUUGCUGCCGCUCUAGCCUGCCUAUUUUAA